AUGCGGUGUCUGGCUGUCGCCCUGGGCCUGGGCCUGAGCUUGGGCAUGGUCGAUUGGGUGGCUGGUCGUGCCGUGCUGGAUUUCGAGUUUAAAGCGCCGGAAUGGUUCGAGGGCGAGGUCUGGGAGAGUCAAGAUCCGGCUGAUAUCCGCGACGUCUUGCUGCUCAACAACGUUUCGACCAUUGGCAUGAAGCAACGGCCUUUGCUGCGUUCAAGCCAGAACAUCAGCCCAGAUCAACUUGAUGCGGGGGUGUGCAUGAGCGACGACAGCUCGUCCUCUUUCAAAGCGGCCUGUUUGCCGUCCUUCCUCAUCAUUGGGGCCAUGAAAGCGGGCACGGGCGAGCUAGCCGCCUGGUUGGAGCAAAGCCCGCUACUGAGGCGGUACACCAACUUUGCCAACCCCAAUUGGCACGGCGAGGCGCACUAUUUUGAUUACAUUCGACCUGGCCUCAUUCCCCUUCUGUUCAAACGCAUUGACGACGUCCGCGCACGCCCAAAAUACGAGUCCAAAGAUCAGCUACGCACCACCCACUCGUUUGACAAGACACCAAACUACUUGCUGGCUACUGAGGCCCAAUUAGAAAUGAUGCAUCGACUAUUGCCCUCGGUGCGCAUGAUCGCCACCCUUCGUAACCCAACGGAUCGCGCCUUCUCACAGUAUCAGCAAGAAUGUCGCCAAGGCUUUGUUUUGAUUGGAAAAAGCCCGGCCGUCAAAGGGAGGGUUGUGUUUGCCCGCAGGCCCGAUUGGGCUUUGCACACUGCCCAACGCCUGGGCCUGGCCAACGUCAGCAAGGAGGACUUUGAAACUGCUACAUUCCCGUGUUCCAACGACCAUUUUCUUGCCAUGCUCAUGGGCAACGGGACCGGGCCUGACAUUGACCUCAGCCGCAGCUUGGCCUUUCGCAUCAUCUCCACUGGCUAUUAUCGCGAACAACUGGACCGAGUGCUCGCAUUGUAUCCACGCAAACAGCUGCAUGUUCUUCUCCACGAGGCGUUUAUGCACAACCCCAUCGCGGAGAUGGAAAAGAUUGAAGACUUUCUCGGUGUGCCCCGCAUGCCUUAUGCCAACAUGACCAGGAUCACAGAUUCGGGCUUUAUCGCGCUGAAAAACGUGCGCAGCAAAGCGGACAAGCUUCGCUACGAGAAGCUCAGCCCAAGCACCCGCGAAAAGCUCGACCGCCUCUACCGCCCCCACAACCAAGGCCUGCUGGACUUUUUUGACAAGGAACAGCUCCGAAAAGCCUGGCACAUCUCCCUCUGA